AAUUUAAAUAAGGUUAAUUUUUGCUUUUUUUUUCUUUUUAUAAUUUAUUUAAUAUUUUGUGAUAAACAUGACAAUGUUAGGCUAAAGUAACCAAACUCUUAUUAUGAUUUUAAUUAUAAUGUAUUAUGAUCUUAUGUCUGGACAGUGCUGGGCAUAUUAUCUGCUAGUAAUACUAUAAAUAUUUCCAUACAGAUUUUAAUAUUUGAAGUAUUUAAAAUUUGAGAACUUCAAUUCUUGUGUGUUUAUUUUUAAUUUCAGAAUAUCUGAUAGAGGUGGUGGAAUUCCACAUCAUCUUUUGCCUCAUGUUAUGGAAUAUCAUUUCACUACUGCGGGUACAAGUACCGAUCAUCGUAUUGAUGGGGGUAUAUUUGGUUCAAUGAUGGUUGAACCAUCAGAAGGACCAGCUGCCGGUCCAAUGCAUGGAUUUGGAUUUGGUCUUCCAACAUCUCGAGCAUAUGCAGAUUAUCUUGGUGGUAGUCUCACUAUAGAAACAAUGCAAGGUAUUGGCACUGAUGUUUAUCUUCGUCUUAGACAUAUUGAUGGCAAGUACGAAAGUUUCAGAAUUUAACGCAAUAUGCAAUGCUAUGAGAUUUUAAUAUUAAUAUUAAGGUUGUCCAUAUCAGUUUAUUACGGUACCUUGAAUAUUUUAAUAUUGCACAGCUAUUUAUGAGUAGGAGCAUUUAUUUGUAAGUUUUUUUUUAACAACUGCCUGGAAUCUCAACUGUAUCAGUUUCUGAGUUUGACACAAUGUGUCAAGUAUGUGUUUGUUAAAGCAUCUCAGCAUUUGUGCUGUUUUUUUAUAUUUGAAACUGCCAAUCUCGGUUCUCCAUUGCAACUGUUCUUCCAUCUACUGAUAAAAAUCUGGAUGGAAUUAAAAUUUUGUAAAUUAAGAAUUUUUAUAUUUAAUUUAUCUAAAAAUUAUAAUAUACUAAUUUUAUUAUUUUGCAUUUAAAUAAAAUGCAAAUCCUCAAUUGGACAAUGAAUCUCUACAAUAAUACUAGAUUUGUCAUUGUGUCAGUUCAGAUGUGUAAUGGUAUAUUUAAACAAAAUGGCACCAUACAAAAUAUCGCAUACCACUUUUUUAAAAAUUUUAGAUAAGUGAAGUGCAAGAUGUUCCUGCAUCUUACAUUUUACCAUGUGAUAAUCUUAGAUCUGAAACCAUUUGUGAACUUGUGCUUUUGUAAUCUCACUUUUUUAUGUACAAAAUAUUUAGUAUUAUACAAUAUAUAUCAGCAGUUUCAUUUAUCAUGUAAAGUUUGAAAUAAAAAUAUUCUGUAUUUAAACUGAGUUUUGAAAUGUGUGU